AUGGCUGAGCUCCUCUCAGCAACUAAAGCUCUGCCGCCCAGUUCUGAUGUCCACUUCAGCAGCACAGAUUCCUGUUGGACCAGGAGAGCCUCCAGCAGCGUUCCUGGUUCUGUCAGCAUUCCUUCACUGAGCCACAUAACCUCUGCAGCAAACAACAACCCAAGACGAGCUGCAAGCUUACCUGACAUGAAGCUGCAGAGCAGCUUUGAGGAGUUCACACCUGACUUCAGUGAAGACGACGAAGACGAUGGAAGCUACAGGUUCCAGUGCUCCUGCCCGGGCCUGUACCAGUGCAGUGUGACCGGCCUGGUGUUUGACAUGGAGGCAGAGGGGGACGUGGUUUACAGGACAGUCCCUUGGAACAGGAGGCUCCUGGUCCAACAUCACAAGAAGCCUGCAGGACCCCUGUUUGACAUGGAGUGUGUGCAGCAGUCUGUGCGUCAGCUUCACCUCCCACACUGCCAGAUCCGCCCCACAGCUGGAUCUCUGGCAGUGGCUCACGUGACAGAUGACGGCAUCAAGUUCAUCACCCCUCUGAAGAUCACAGAAACUCACCUCGUUAUCAACAUCACAGGCUUUUCUGCUUUCGGUAACGUGAAGGAUGAAGACUCUCCCCCCGACCCGGUCCGAGCAUUGGUUCUGCUGUUCUACAGGCCACCAGAUGAUCCAGAUGUCACAUCCAUCCUCAAUGUCUUGUUGCUGCCACGGAACAUUGUGAUCAGAGAUCUACAGCGCGCCAGGAGGAAGUUAGUGGGAGAGGAGAGGUUCAUAGAUGCGUCUCCACACUGUAAACUGCACCCAGAUCAGGUCUACACUCUGUCCACUGCUCCUGAAGACGACCUGAUUAAAGUUCAGCCAACAGAAACAGAGUUUGAUGAGGAGUCUCACAGCAGCUACUUCACAUCAUUCCAGGUGAUUUUAAAAACCGUCAUUAGAGACAUUUCUCUGAGUCUGAAAGACAAGAAGAGUUCUUGCUGUGUUUGGGAAAGAGAUGUUUGUCUUCUACCCUCUAGAGCCAAAACUCUGACUCUCCGUCCAAAUGAGAAGCUGCUAGACAUACGCAGCUGCUUCAUCGACGGCACAUCAGGACCUGUUCUCAACAGUCUGCUGGACAAGCUGCUGGAGAAAAGGGUGUUCACCGACUCUGAGAGGGAGUCAGCAGACGAGAUGCAAAACAGAAGAGACAAAGCUCGUUUUGUUGUGGACACGGUGAGAAAGAAAGGCGACGCUGCCAGUUCAGAGAUGAUCGACUUCCUCUGUGAGGUUGAUCCCUUCCUCUCCAGACGUCUGGGACUGAUGUGAAGCAUCAUGAAGAGAUGGAACAAGGUGCCAUCUGUUAGAAACAUGAACAUAUUUACAGUGAAUGCCGUCAUUGUCAUCCUCAACCAUCAUGUUUUAGUUCAGGAGAUGUUGACUCUGUUUCUGAAAAUGCUCAAGCAUACCAGUGGUACCAGGCACACAACUUUCAAUACAACAGCUGUUUUUAACUCAGAGUUGUUGAACAAUUAACUGUCAUUUUACCGAGUUUCCCUGUUUUGUUAAAUUACAGAUAAUCACCAAUAUAACAGAUAAA